CAGACACACGAUGCCGUCCCCCAUAUUUACCCCGCAAGCCCCGGCCCGGCCGGGGCCACCAAAAUCAUUUUUUUCAGUAACCGUGUGGCUAAACACUCCCGGGCCCUGAUAGUCGCGGUCAAGGGGGUCUCUAGCCAUGUUUUGGUAGCACGAACUUACGAGCUAAGGCCUAAGCAAAACGCACAACUAAGGUUGCGGGGCCGCCCGCCGCGGCGAAAUGAAGAGAGCAAUAAAAGAUAACACGACGAAUUCCAAAUCUUACAAAGACAAAAGUGCUUUUAACCACGAUUAUCCAGAGCAGUCCGCAGAUGGCGCUCUCGGCGAUGGAGGCACGUCGCGCGUUGCGUUUAAAACACGCACGGGACUGGUGAUCACAAGCCAAGCGUGUCUUUUUGAUCUGAAUAUUUGCAACCUAGCAUAAUACCUUAGGGAAAGCCUACGAAGCGCUCAAGGCUAGGGAUAUCUCGUUAUAUUGAUGAUAUGGCUGAGGAGGAAGAGGAAGAAGACAAUAACGAGAAAUUGGCGGCUGCGCGGUUGCGAGUUGAUGAGGAAGAUAGAGAGAUGAGGUCAGAGAUUCAGCGACAGGAUCGUCGUAGAAACCAGGAGAAUUUCUUCGAGGGAAGCGAUGCAGAUGUAGCCGGUGUCGUCAAGUCACUGCACGAGCGGUAUCAGCGGACAACUCAGCUUGUCCACGACUUAGACGACAUUGAUGAAGGAAUUCCUUAUGCUGACAAGGCCCAUGCUGCCCUUGCAGCAUCGAGACAUGCGGCAACACGCCAAGCGAAUGCACCAUCGUUAGCAGAUCCCCGCCUUUGGGCCAUUCCGUGCAAGCUAGGCUGCGAACGCGAAGCUGUCUUAUCUCUAAUGAACAAAUGCGCUGCCAUGACAUGCGAAGGCACCCAAAUGCGUAAGUUCUGAGGCACCCAAAAUGCGAAGUGCAAGGCCAUGCUUUCUCUCAGGUAUCUGCAGUGCCAUGACGACGAGCCUUCGUGGAUUCAUCUAUGUGGAGUCACGAUCAGAACCAGAUGUGCGCAUGGUAGCCAAGGGCCUGCGAUUGUUGCGCAGCUGGUCAAUGAAGAUGGUGCCGAUGGUAGACAUGGUGGCUGUCCUAUCCACAAGUUUGGAUGCGUCGUAUGGAUAUGCUUCAAAGCGCAACGGCCUAAGAAUCGGAGACUGGGCACGUGUGUCACGUGACACAUACCGCGGAGAUCUUUGCCGCAUUGUUGCUUUAGGCAAUGGCGGCUCGUCUGCAGUGAUUAUGCUUGUUCCACGCUUAGAUGUUUCAUCAGAUACGGCAGAGGCUGGCGUCUUUGGUAGAAAGGAUGCCUUCCGAAAAAUGAGGCCGCCUAUGCGACUCUUUAAUGCAUCAGAAAUAAUUGCUGCGGGUGGCAAUGUAACCCAGCGAAGGUUUAGGCUAAAUACGAGUGCUGGUUCAGCAAGUCAAAAUUGGGCAUUGGCUGAUGAAACAUUCGAUGUAUUUGAAAAUGCUUCCUAUCUCAAGGGCUAUUUGUACAAAGAGGUAAACGUCACUACGAUGCUCAAGCGAGGAGGCGCCGAUCCUACACUCGACGAAUUACAGCGUUUUGUUAUCGACACUCAGGAAAUGGGCCCGGGAGAUAAUGAACCAUCGUCAGUCGUGAAAUACCCUGCAGAUGAUGAGCAGAAACGUUCUCUCAAGGCACAAAUCGAACUGCUUGCUCGCGGUCGCGGAACUCAGGAUCCAACGCAAAAAAGUCCUAUAUUUGAAAAGGAUGAUAAAGUAUAUAAUCAUUGUCUCAAGAUUGAUUUUAUUUUGGUUUUUACAUGACACAACAAAAUAGGUCGAGGCGAUUGAGGGCGAGAUGCGAGGUGUUGCCCUAAUAGUCGAAAGAAUGGCACCUAGUGGUAUAGUCUAUUGUAGGGCAUUUGAUGAGCCACAGCUUCGAGGUGUUCUCAUACCUAUGGAAACGCACCAGCUACUUAAGUCUAUUCAAGUUGGAAGUCAUAUCAAAGUCCAAGAUGGCAAAUAUGCCGGCCAAACUGGUGUCAUUCUUGAGCGUGGGGUGCUUGAUGGUGAUCACGUUGCUGUAAUAUUGACAGAUAGCGGGGGGCGAGAAAUUACCGUUAGAUUUUCCCACGUACAAGAGUCAAGUGAGAUCUCGAAAGGGCUUGAUGCGCUUGAGGGAUAUGAACUUCAUGACAUCGUACUUUUGCCCCUAGGUGCUGUUGCUGUUGUCACCUAUGUCGCCUCUGAGGACCUGGAAGUACUAACAUCACGCGGCAAUCUUCGAACUGUGCGUCCUGCAGAAAUCACUCGCAAGCUAAAUCAGGAAAGUGCAAGGAACAUCUCUCUUGAUUCAAAGGAUGAACACGUGAGAGAAACUGACCUUGUCAUUCUAGAUGACGGUCAAAAUGCUGGGGCUCUGGCUACUGUUGUCCGUGCCCAUCGUGCCUCUCUAUGGUUGCUGAAUGUAAUAUCUGGUGCUACAACCAUUCCAUGCGGUGGCUUGUUUGUGAAGAAAUCUCGCCAGGUCCACGUAGCUGGGGAUCGCGCCACUGGAAGUACCCUAGCAGACACAUACAUGGGCCUUGGCAAACAACGCGUUGUUAAUGAGGACCAAUUCAAUAACAAAAUUGCAAAUAAUCGCGGAAGGAGCACUGGGCGCGACCCUUUUGUCGGUCGUACGGUUCGAAUUUGUAAAGGGAAUUACAAGGGCCUUGCUGGUAUUGUUACAAAUGCGACCACUACCCACGUUACUGUGGAGCUUCACACACGCAAUCGCUCUGUGACGCAGCCCCGUGAGUGCAUCAAGAUUGUCGCUGGCACAGCUGGUGGGGAACCAGAGCUUGCCGUCCAGCGUCGAAUUGCCGAACAGGAGGCCUACAGCACAGAUCUUGUAUCGACGCCUUUCCUUACACAGGCCACGCCAUUACUUGGCGGGGCCACGCCUCAGUAUGGUGCCGUGACACCACACCACACAACACCCUCUCGAGGCACUGCAACUCCAACCUGGGGUACCCCCGCAUAUAGCUCUCAAACACCUCGCGGUGGCCCUCAAACCCCACGUUCUGCACCAGGCCAUGGAAAAGCCACAACGCCCUCUUAUAGUGGCAUCGAGGAUGUCUGGCGGCCCCGCGAACUUCCCAAUUCAAAAAGUAGUGGAAAGUCUCCCCUGCACAGUAUGUCACCAGGUAGCUUCAACUACCUUGCAUUUAGUGGCCACAGCAAGGCCAAGUCACCUAUGUUUGAUGGUAGUCGAGCAAGCACACCCACCUAUCAACCACCUUCCGUGAUGCCGCCAACCUCAAAAAGUGGGGCAUGGUGCGUCAAUGGUGCUGAAGCCGAACUCGAGGAUGGUAAUAUCUGCAAAAUCAUCAAAAUUAAUGCCCAGAAAAAUAUGGCGACCGUCGCUCUCAAAGCGACUCAAGCUCUGACGCGAUCUCUCCCAACGUCUUUACUUGUGCGUGUCAAACCCAAGGCUGGCGACAAAGUUCGUGUUGUUGAUGGGAGUGCCGUGUACGAUGCCGAGCUAUUGUCGAUUGAAGACUCAGAUGGAAUCAUUAAAGUUGAUAAUGGUGAAUAUAAGAUAAUUGACUUCUCGGCAAUAGCCAAAGUAGCGGACUUCUGAAGAAAUGAAUUGAUUAUUAAUUACACAUCGAGGGCGCAGGACGCGCGAAGGUCCGCAUCUCACUGCUUAGCGGCCUUCGCACCCCGCGCCCCACUUCGCGCCCCCCAGAGCCGCACACCAGCUAGUUCAACUAAGUAAUAAUACCACUUCGAACCCAAGCUGCCGCGACUGGACAUGGCCGGGCCCAUUUUUUACACUGGCAGGCCUGUUAUUCCAAUAGACUGGCACCGGCGCCCGAGCCGUUGGCGGCUACUACUUGUAGUAGUACCGCCAGUUGAAAAAGAG